AUGGGCGAUGCGAUGCUCGUUUGGCGUGGCCGAUGGGAGCUCCAGAAUGUUGAACACGGCGAGGCAGAAACACGAGUAGCAACGCACUUGACUGUACGUGUUGUUGGCCGUGAGCCGAGACUACCAUCGAGGCAGCUAGGCUGGAAUCUUGGUGCUCGAUUGCUUGCAAGACUUGACAACUGGAACACUCGACGAACUGGUCGGGCCUUGCGGCCAGAGUUGUAA